AUAUAAGUAUCAAUCAAUCUCUUUUCGUUGUCUAUUUCAAAUCAGUGCUCAUUCAUUUUCAGACCAAGUUAAGAAAAAUUAAAAAAAUGGCGUCAGAUGUUCUCAGCUUCAGGGACGAUAGUAGUCAGGAGGAUUGGCAUGACUUUGAGGUUCUUGGUCGUGGAGACGAGCCCAAGAUUCUGAUCAAGAAGUCAAGUAUGCAUUCUGACUCCGAGAGACGAAUCUCUGUUGAUCCUAAAUCUCUAUUGUCAAGAAACGGGAGCUUGGACAUGAUAUCCUCAAGGCCUAAAGACAUCGACGACGUGGCAUUGUCUCAGCCGUUGGAUCAUCAAGAUAAGACUAAGUUCAUGAGCUGCAGCCUCCCAAACUCAGUAGCCAUGUCACCUAGACAUAGCACGAGUCAUAACUGGAAGGACAGAACCACAGAGCAAGUUCUUGACCUAAUGCUUGUUCAAGACGCGGCCGCUGCGUUUCGAAGAAGCAAAUCUUGCGGUGAAGGAUGUGCUUGCCAGCCACCACUCGAUGUCGACAUGACGGUGCACAAAUCAAGAAGUAGACAUCAUCAUCAUCAUCACCAUGACUUCUCUUCCUCUAACGCCAAGAGUCUCUCUCAGACGAGCAGUACAAACAACUCUUUCUACUCAAAAACAGACUCUAACAAAAGCAACAUCAAUACCGCUAAUGCGAAAAGCAUCAACACGUUGGAAGACAGGUUCAAAUGCAGCGCUUUGUGUCUCUACCUACCAGGUUUUAGCAAAGGAAAACCCAUCAGAUCAUCUCGUAAAGGUGACUCCUCGUACACUAGAACCACCACGAUGACUUCUACUCGAUCAAUGGCAAGAACCGCUUCCAUGAGAGACACUGCGGUGCUGUCCGCUCGAGCCUCACUAGAGCGGUUCGAGUGCGGUUCAUGGACGUCUUCAGCUAUGAUAUACGAGGACAAUGCUGAUCUCGGUGGACAUUUUUUCGACUUGCCUUCUGAACUGAUUAAAGGUGGUCCGGGUGGCAACGAUCAAGAUGAUCCUGUUUCCGCGGCUUUCGUGUUCGACAAGGAACCUAACUUAGAGAAAGAGAUCAAAGGGGUGUUGAAGACUUCUGGAUCGAAAUCAAGAAGAUCUAUGGAGUCGCCACGUCACGUUCGGUUCUCGACCUCGUCGCCGGUUUCUUAUCCGACGUCACCGACACAUUCAAUCACGCCGCGGUUGCUACAAGCCACCGGGGGUUUUAGUGGUUUCAUGGAAGUUCAAACCGUGUAA